AAACUGUUUUCUUCCGCUCUCUGUUCUUGUACAAUUCUCUUAACUAUUUUCUUUUUUUUUUUUUUUGUUGAAAAUAAACAACUAAUCAUGAUUCAGAUCAUUCUCUUCAACUUAUUUCUAGUACUAAAUCUUUUGAAUUUAGGGGCGAACUGUCAGCAAAAUUAUUCAGGAUCACAAUCACAACGCUGUGACAUUAACAACCAUGAAUCAGUGACAGGGCCUUCCCCAGCCAUACUUUACAAUUGCAACGGCCAAAAACGGUUCUGCCAAUCUUACCUCAUUUUCAAAACUCAACCAUUUUUCGAUUCGAUUCGAACCAUUUCCAAGCUCACGUUAGCGAGCCCAGAAGAGUUGGCUAGACUCAACAACGUUGAAAAAACCAAAUCUUUUCCUUUAAACAAAGAGGUAAUAGUUCCUGUUAAUUGUUCUUGUGGAGCAGAUCAGUACUACUACCAGGCCAAUGCAACAGUAAUCUUAAACGAGAAUGAUACGUAUUCAACCAUCGCUAACGAUGUAUUUCAAGGAUUAAGUGCUUGUACUUCUCUUGUUCGUGCCAAUUCACAUGAAGAACAUGCUUUACAGGGUGGCAUGGAACUGAAAGUUCCUCUUAGGUGUGCUUGUCCGACUAGGAACCAAACCCGAAACGGCACCAAAUAUCUCUUAACAUACCCGAUUAGCUCAGGCGACGAUAUUGAGAAAAUUGGUGAGAGAUUUAACGUUACUUUGAAAAACUUACUCUUUGCAAAUGGGAUUUCGGAGCACAAUCCGACAAUUUUCUUUAAAACUACAAUUCUUAUUCCUCUCUCUACUCAGCCUCUAAGUUCUCAAACCACAGUUCAUAAUAAGAGUUAUGAUGAUCAUAAGACACCCUUUAGUUCUUUUCCUUCGAAAGAGACUAAAUCGAAGAAGAAAUUUUACGCUAUUUUUGGGAUUACGGCUGGUUGUUCUUUGCUAGUCCUCUGUGUCGUUAUAGUGGCUGCUGUUUGGGUUUACAAAUCAAAGAGAUCGUCAUCAUCAUCGCCAAAGGGUUUAUUAUUGUUACCAACUAGAACGACGACGAUGUCGCCGGAAGAUCUCCGAGUGGAGAUUGCUAGCUUCGAAAGAGGUCUUCAAAGGUUUGGAAUCGAGGAGAUUAGAAAAGCUACUGAAAAUUUCAGUUCCGAGAAUCAAAUCGUGGGUUCUAUCUACCAUGGUGUGUUUGGGAAGGGUCAUAUUACAUUAGCGGUUAAGAAAACCAAAAGAGAUGUCUCAAGAGAAGUUAACAUUUUGAAAAAGUUAAACCAUUUCAAUUUGAUCAAGCUUGAAGGGAUUUGCAAGAACAGAGAGUUUUCUUAUCUAGUAUUCGAGUACAUGGAAAAUGGUUCAUUAAGAGAGUGGCUUAGCAAAAACGACCAAGAAAAGGAUUGGAGCUGGAAUACAAGGAUUCAGAUUGCUUUGGAUAUUGCCCAUGGCCUUAACUAUCUUCAUAGUUUCACUAAGCCGGCUUACGUGCAUAAGAACAUUAAGAGCAGUAAUAUUCUGCUCAACAGAGACAAGAGAGCCAAGAUUGCCAAUUUCGGGCUUGCUGGGCCAGCUACGGAUCAGGUGAACAUCCCAAGUCGUAGAAGUAGUUCUCAUUCCGAUUUCCCAAGGACUACUACUGCUCACGUGGUGGGAACUAGAGGUUACGUGGCUCCAGAGUAUUUGGCAAAUGGGAUUUCAACACCAAAGAUCGACGUGUAUGCUUUUGGAGUUGUGGUUUUAGAGCUUUUGAGUGGGAAAAAUGCUGUGAUUGGGAAAGAGAAUGGAAGACAAGUGUUGCUGUCGAAAACCAUUGUGGAGAUUAUGGAAGGAGAUGAUGAAGCUAAUAAGCUUGAUAUGUUUAUUGAUCAUGGCCUUAAGGAAGAUCAUAGAUAUGUAGAGUUUGCCAUUAGGGUUGCUAAAUUGAGUGUCGCAUGCUUGAAUCCAGAACCGGAGACUAGGCCAACCAUGGGAGAUGUCAUUUCAACUCUCACCAAAAUUCAGGCAGAUUUACAUAAAAAUUGAAUUAUCCUGUCCUGUAAUGUAAUUAAGAUUUUCUUUUCUUUAUUACAUUAAGAAUUUGUAUUAUAUCUUAGUUUCUUUUUUCUUUUAAAGGGUAAAUUUCCAAGUAAAUUUCCAAUAGGAAUGCACAUUAUCCUUAUGGCCCCGCGCGGACCUGCCCUUAAUGAGGCGGGAAACAGAGCGGAGACGAGAAUCAUUUCUUGUCCUUAAACAUGACAAGGACGAGGAGGAUGACACUCCGUUGAAUACAUUAAUUAUCUUUUUAUUAAUAUUUUAUAGAGAAAUUUACAGCCAAA